ACCAAUACAUGUCCAAAACAGCUAACCUGCUCUCAUUCACAGCAAUAUGGCAUGCCUUACUGACUAGUAAAUAUUGCUCAAAACCGAAUGUUUCGAGUCGAUAAAAAGUGGUUGCGGUCAUAGUUGUGAAACUAUGACAAGAUAAAGAGAUACGGGGAUGCUGGCGUAUCUGUAUACUUAGCUGCAGCUAAGUAAUUUGAAUAAUGGGAAGGAUGCUGGAGGCAGAGGCGAGGUGUGCUGCAAACACACACGGCACAGCCGGCUGAGGCUCACCUGCUGCUCCAGCAUCAGGAACCAUGAAAGAAGAAGGUAGUGCUGCCUGUCCAGCUCUGUUUGAGGACCAGGACUUCCCCUGUGAGGACUCCUCCCUGUUUCAUGACAGCUCCACGCCCAUUGCCAGGCUGCAGGGAGACAUCGCUUGGCUGCGCCCGCAGGAGAUAUGCCAGUCGCCAUCUCUGUUCCCCACCAACAUCAACUUGGCUCAUGCAAAGCAAGGCCUGCUAGGAGACUGUUGGUUUCUCUGUGCGUGCACAUUCCUGCUCAAUAGUCAACAUCUUUUAAACAAGGUGUUGCCUCCAGACCAGCCCCAGUGGGGUGACAGCAGAUACAAGGGCUCCUUCCGCUUUUGCUUCUGGCAGCAGGGACACUGGACAGAGGUGACUAUUGAUGACCGCCUGCCUUGUAUCGAUGCAUCGCUCUGCUUCUCUUGCUGCCACUCCCCCUCUGCCUUCUGGGUAGCUUUGUUGGAGAAAGCCUAUGCCAAGCUUCAUGGUUCAUAUGAGCAGCUGUGGGCAGGGCAGGUGUCAGAGGCCCUGGUGGAUUUGACCAGCACUGUAACUGAACGCUGGACACCGGGAGACUCAGAGGAGGAGCAGCAAACAGGACACGAUAGUGAUCAAAUUAGGAGAAAAAGGCUGGACCUGAAGCUCCUGGACCCUGUAAAGGAUAUUUGUGCGCUGAGCUGCUCUACUCACAGCUCCCAUGGAGGAGCUGGAGACCCGGGUCAGUACCAUGCUCUGACUGUGAUGGAGUGGUUGGAUGUGCCAAAAGUGUCAGGGGGGGAAGUGAGGCUGCUCAGGAUCAAAAACCCGUGGGGGCGAUGCUGCUGGGGAGGAGCUUGGAUUUGGAGUGGUGCAGGUUGGAGUUCUGUUGACCCGGUUUGUGCCUCAGACCUACAAGCCAGACUGUCUGAGGGUGAAUUCUGGUUGGAUGAGGAUGAGUUUAUGUCCCAGUUUGAUGAUGUCACAGUAGGAUAUCCCCUGAGCGAAGACGGACACUUGAAGAGCAUUUAUACAGGAAACCUUCUAAAACACAAUCAUCAGCUGCUUGGCCGGUGGAUAAAAGGGCACUCUGCUGGCGGUAGCCGAAACAGCAGCAGCUACAGCAGCAACCCCAAGUUUUGGCUCAAAGUAUGCGAGAGCGGAGAGGUACUUGUGACCCUGCUGCAGCAUCAGAAAUGGAGAAACUCUGACAAAUAUGUACAAGUGCCGCUCGAAAACGACAAGAACACAAAGCACCAGCAUUACCAGGCUAUUGCCCUACACAUGUGGAAGGUGGAAAAGAAGCGUUUUAACCUGACCCGGUUGCUGAGUAAACCUCCCUGUACUUCUACUCACUGCCAUGCCUAUGAGAGAGAGGUGGUCCUCCGCACUCAGCUGCAGCCAGGAUACUAUCUUCUUAUCCCCAGCACGUAUCAGCCACAAGCUGAGGCCCACUUUCUCAUCCGGGUCUUUUCCUCCUCCUCCAUAUCCUUCAGUGCUCUGAAAAGCCCAGCACCCUCACUGCCAUUGACAACAGAUGGUGAAUGGGAGACCAGCUGCUUCCAGGGCUCAUGGGUGGAGGGAAGGACAGCCGGAGGAAGCAGGAACUUCCUGUCUCACUGGCAGAACCCGUACUUCCCUUUUACAGUGUUUGACGAGGCAGUGGGGACAUCGGGAGUGAAUGUCAGGAUUACCCUGCACCAGAGUCGCCCUGAGACUGAUUUGCAUCCAAUUGGUUUCCACGUUUAUAAGGUACCAGAGGGGAAGUGUGAGCAAACAGCUGCCAGAGAACAGGAUCCCGUGGCCAAUUGCACCCCCCACUGUUACAUGCAGGACAUCAGUCUGGACUGCUCUCUUCCUCCUGGUUAUUACAUAAUAGUGCCGUCCACUUAUCACCCCGACUGCUCUGCAAACUUCACCCUCAGCAUGGCUCGCAGAAUACACAGGAAAGUGAUGAAAAGUCAGGAAAGGCUAGGGAGAGCCAUUCAGGAGGUUUCUCACAUCUCUGUGAUGCAAAGCUAGGUCUCCAGGACCCGUCCUCCUCCACGGACAUCAGCUCACCUCCCUGAGCUUCUUGGCCCGCGAUGAAACAACCAGGGUCGCCAUCCAACCUUGCCACAAAAGCCACGACUUUGUGUGUAUAUAGUGUAGAUGGACCGUAAGUGGCUGCGAAGGCAGUUAGACAAAUCGCUGAGGCUCAGGGUUUCUGUGCAGCUACACACUCAUCAGCGAUUAGGACAUCAGAGGUUGUCGGUGGGCUGGGCUGCUAAUGAAGUAUGACGGGACUGGCUUGUGUAAACAAACAGCCAUCACUGAAGAAGACCGCUGCUACUCUUGCUCAUUCACUCACUGGUGCGCCUGCCGGCACAGAACAAAGGGUCCUCUCAUGAAGGUCCCCACAGAGAAACGGGGGACGAGGGGUGAGGGGAUGGUCUGCAACAGCAGAGCCAACCAAAACACACCACACCAUACCAUGCCAUACUAUCUCGGAGCUUUCCACUCAACCCAUAACACUGUUUCUCAUUUACCUUAACAUGAUAUGUUUCAAAACUCAAACACUGAUUUAACAGCCCCACACAUCAUCCACACAGCUUAUAGUUGUGAUAAACAUUAAAGCUGAAUCAAAAGAAAAACAAUCUUCAUCUUUGCCCACCAGCUCCCUUUUUGUCCCCCAGACUCGGUCCACAGCUCUUAUUGGACCUUAACAGAGCCGCUGUUUGAAGUUGUCACAAGAACAGACAACAAGCAAAGGAAUAAAACGGGGAAAGCGGCAGAUCAGAAGAGGCCCUUUCGUAAGAAGACGCCGCUGCUCAUGUGAGGUGGUGCCUGCUUGCCCGUACCCACUUCUGUGAGCGGAAGUCAAUAGGUUUCUGGUGACCCACUGCAGGCAGAGUUAGUUCACUUUUAAAAACCAAUGGAUGACUGGCCAGUGCUCUACAGUGUUUUGUAUUUAUUAAAAUAUUUUAAAA